AACCGGGGGCUCGGGAGGAGCCUCGGCCCCGAGGCCGGCUGUCUCCCGCUGCUCUGGUCGCCUCAGACGGCCGCUAUGUCUUUGCACAGGGUCUCCUCUGUACGUCUGCGUGUCCCUCCUUACGCGUGUCUCUCCUUAUGUGGACAGGGGGCCUGCUUGUCUGCAGCGGCCCUGCCUCCCGCCCGAGGUCAGGGCCGCGGGCCAUCGUUGGGGGCCCUGUGCCUCCUGUGGCGUACACAGCCGUCCACUCAGCUUGGAGGCAGCGUGGUUUGGAAGCAGGCACUGGUGAAGUUGUGCUGCUGAGAGAAGCCACAAGUGGGAAAGCGUAGCCUGUGGCUGUGGAGGCAGGGCAGGUGUGAUGACCCCUCCCAAGGGGGCACUCCCCUGUGGCUCAGUGACUGUGAAGGCCUUGCUGAGCCCCUGUCCCCUCAGGGGAGGGGUGCUGGGCUGGCCCGGCCCGGCCCCUCAGUGGCUGGGACCUUCUGCGGGUGGAGCUGGGGGUGGAGCUGCUGUUUCAGGACAGUUUCGUGCGGGUGGGUGCCGGGCAGACGGGCCUCGUGGUCCUACCACCUCCACCCUCGACGGAGAGGAAAGGCUUCUGAGAAGGCCACUCUCAGAGUUGUUUUCUGGGUCACGAGAGCAGUGGCUGGGCCCCAGGCUUUGCAUGGUCUUCCUGGGAAUACAGAGUUGGUUUUGAGACUUUAGUGGCCUUCCCGGCUCCCCCAUGGUGGAGCUUCCUGAGCCCAUGCAGGAGUCCAGGCUGGACUCCUUCCUCCUGGCGCGGUGGUCCCUGUGGCUGAGGGCGGUGGGCUGUCCUGGCCUCAGGCAGGGGGAGGGCGGCUCCCUCGCAGCUGCUUGGCGAGGGGUAGAGUUGCAGGGGCCCGGCCUCCGUCGCCACUGAAGUAGGGGGUCUGGAUCCCUUGCGUGUGCUCGGCACCCUUGGCUUGGAUGGCUGUUUGUAACUGCUAGAAGAUAGUGUUCCAGCUAGGCCUGUGGUGUAACUAGGAGUCACAUUUGUAAUGAAGCUGUGUGCACAGCUGGAAGCAGGAUGUUCAUUUGCCGAGUAUUAAUCUUGGGCUUGGGGUGCACUGCCAGGUACCACCCCAAUGCCAGGUCAGCCAUGGAGAAGCGCCCCAAAGCCCUCCUCCCUGGGGUCCCAGCCGUGUGUCACCCAUGGCUGUUUUUGAGUCACUUAGGUUUGUUUAUUUCAGAUAACUUUUCAAAUAUGUUGUUUUCUGCUUCUGAAUAUGCGAGAAGAAAACAUUACAAACUUCGAGUUGUUGCGAAGGAGUGUUUUGACCUUAGCUUAUGGCGUUGGGGUCAGUGCAGGUGGGGUGGUCGCGCUGGAGUCUGUCUGCUGUCCUGGCUUCUGAGUCACGUGUCGCUCUUUCCUCAGGGUUGCUGUGCCUUAGCACCGAUACUGUAGUGGAGGGGCCUGUUUUUGUUUGACAUGCUCAGGAUGCUUGUUAGAGUUGGUGUGUUUUCCUUUGCUGUGCAGUUGUGUGCGUGUGGCCUGGGGACUGGGUGGGGAGCUCUGUGAGUGCCUUCGGUCAGGCCCUUGGCUCUGCUCCUGGGGGCACGUAUCGCUCUAAACAUCUUUUCGCUUAGCUUUCCCCCUAAGUCUUCUUACGAGAAUGUGCUUGUGUGAACAUUUGGAACACGUCUGGUGGUGGUUUUUCACAGCGUUCGGUUGGAUUGUUUUUUGUCAUAAGAUUGACAUUAUUACUUAGGUGUUUGCAAGCAUCACCUUAGUGGACUUGGCUUGGUGUUUCUGAGAAGAGCAGGACUGUGUAAGAUUGCAGAGGAGUGUUUCUCCAGGACACCUGGGAUAGGGACCCGAAAGAGUUAAGUCUUAGGUAACUUAACAGGCUGGAUAUGGGCCUGUUUCCGUGUGUCUGUAUCCCAUGAUGCAGUGUUGUUGCGGGAAAGGACCUGGCUGAGCACACGUGCGCUGUGACCAAGGAGGUGGUUCUGACAGGCUUGUAAAUUCUGUGUUUAGGAUCUCCCGAGAGACAGACCCAGCAGGGUGUACCUCUCUCUCUGUCAGAAGUUCAGUGUGAUCAUGGGCUUGUUUGAUUAUGAGGAUACACACCUGCCGGAUCUGCGGGCCAGUGCCCUGGUCUGACGCUGGAGGCCAUCAGGCUGAAGAACCAGCAGUGUUCCAGGUCAGAGACCGGUGGCCGGGAGAAGGCUCUUCUGUUUGUGGUCUGUUCAGCCCUUGCGCGAUGGGAGGGGCCCAUUCACACGGGGAUGCCAGUCUGCUCCACGUGGCGGGCUGAUCCACGCGUUCCUCUCAUCAGAGAACACCUUCGAGGCGGCCCCUUCACUGGACACGGAAUUUGUCCCCUCGUUGACAUCUGCGUGCACCGUCUCCUUCAACCAUAACUCAUCUCCAGCAGGCCAUAGCAAGGUUAUAAUUGAGCCGGACUUGAUGAGGACCGUGUGUGUCGUGGAGAACACGCUGACCUUUCCCAAGCAGGAGGCGAGGUCCGGGCGCCAGCCUCUCCUGGAGGCCCUGCUGAGACUCUGGCAAGGAAGCUGCCUUUGCUGUGCUGUGGCAGGGUGUAAGCAGGCAGGAAGACGCAGCUGUGUGAACGAAGACCCGUUUGAGGACUUCUUUGGGAAUCGAAGGGGCCCCCGCGGAAGCCGGAGCCGAGGCACGGGCUCGUUCUUCUCUGCUUUCAGCGGAUUUCCCCCCUUUGGAGGGGGAUUUCCUUCCUUUGAUGCAGGGUUCAGUUCCUUCGGUUCGCUAGGCCACGGGGGCCUCACGGCGUUCUCCUCCUCCUCGGCCUUCGGCGGCAGUGGGAUGGGCAACUACAAGUCCGUAUCGACGUCGACAAAAGUGGUGAACGGCAGGAAGAUCACCACCAAGAGGAUUGUCGAGAAUGGUCAAGAAAGGGUGGAAGUUGAAGAAGACGGCCAGUUAAAGUCCUUGACGAUAAAUGGUGUGGCCGACGAGGACGCCUUCGCGGAGGAGUGCCUGCGACGAGGCCAGAGCGCGCUGCCCGCCCAGCCCGCCAGCUCCAGCGCCCGCUCGCUGCGGCCGCCGCGGCCCGCGCCCCCGCCCCGGCCGGCGGCGCACGCCGCGGGGGAGGACGAGGACGCGCCGGGCGCCUUCUGCGCAGGAUUCAAAGAAGGCGGCAAGAGGAAGAAGCCGAAGCACAGAGAGGAGUCGAAGAAGAAGAAGUCGACCAAGGGCCCCCUCUAGACGGCUGCGGCGGAGCAGCCGAGGGCACUCGCGUGCGGCCCGCCUCCUGCGGGGGGUGCACGUGGCCGGGGGCGGGAGGGGGGGGCGGAGGGCGGAGCCGCCGGCCGCCCCUGCCCCUCCCACCGCGCCCGCGCGUCCCCUCUGGCGGCCACGGCCCCCCGCUGCCCAGCACACACGCGGGGUCCCGCCGCCCCGGCCGUGCGUGGCCCGGGCGUGUGUGCAUGCUCUGACACGCCCUCUCCUCCUGCCGCUGCGUGUGUGAAUCUAGGCUCCGUUUGAGCGCAGGGCGGUGUGAAGGUGAUCUCCGACGGCGGGCGACACCUCCCGGAGCUUGAGGGAGCCAGACCUUCCCCAGGCGACCUGGCCGCUCGAGGGCUGCAGUCACUCUCACGCUGACGGCUUUUCAUCCCCGUCCUCUGCAAGCAGUCCGCGCUGUGCCUCAGCUCGCCCAUCUCCUGGACCCGGAGCUGCUCUCCUGGCAGGAAGGCGGGACUCUACAAGCUUCUGUCCCACGGGGCCACCUCCGAUUCCUAGUGUGGGUCUGGGCUCAUCGGGUCCUGAGCACGUGCGCUGAGCUGAGAGCUAGAGCUUCGGCCCCGCUCCUCCAAAGAGCUCCCUGCCUUGGGCUGGCGUCCCCAGCUUUAGGCAGCCGCCCUGGCAGAGCCUUCCUCAACAGCGGCCCCUCGCCCUCCCCUCGGGCGCCGAGGGCUCCGUGAGAAGCUUCCGCGGGGCUUUCGCAGGCCAGCGGCCCUUGCCCAGGGGCCCGGGUGUGCGGGGUGGCUCCGUGAGUGUGGGCACCAGGAGCGAGCGUGCCGCGUGUGGUUUUCGGGUGACCGUGGAGGGAGGUCGUGCGGGGCCCUUGGGGGGUAGAGUGGACGGUGUUUGAUGCUUAGUGUGGAAAAUGUAACCAUGAAAGCGUAACGGAUUUUAAGUGCUACCCACGUGAAUAAACUAAGCGUUACUGACUGACA